UUCUCGUUCUCAUCCAAGCGAACGUAAAACGCAUUAAUCAUGAAAUUCACCACUGACAGAGAUUGUUCUUCGAUUGAAGAUUUUUUAUUUUCACUAUCAUUAGCACAUGAAAUAUUUUUUUUCUUUGUAUGUAAAUCAAAUACACAACACACAAAAUUUUCACAUUUGUUUUUAUUAUGGAAUUUGAAAAUUACAUACGAUUGCGCUUCGAAAUUAUAUAGACUUCUGGGAGAGCUUUUUAAACAUCGGCUGAUCUCGUGCAAAAAUUUAGGCAGUUUCGCCAAAAAACGUGCAUACAAAUUUUUAGUUAUAUAAUCGAGAACGACUAUAUAUAUAUAGCGAUUCUGCUAAUAAGCGUUCGAAAAUUUAUAUACAAGAACAUGGGCUAGAUAACCUGAGGGCUAGCCUUUACUGAAAUUAAGGCUAGACAUCUUACCGUUGACGUGGUUGAAAAUCAAUUCAUUUUUAAAAAUAUAGUUAAUUAAUAAUUGUAUUUACGUUAAAAUUUUGCCAUAGGAUGAUCUGGGUUUUAACUAAAAUUGUUGUCAGAAAGAACGACCAAAAGUGAUUUCCUCUCCGGCACGGUAUUAUUACUGAAUUAUCGACUGUGCUAAACUGCACAAAUUUUUAAGUCGGACUGCACAGAUUUUUAUUUCCCGUUUUCCCCACAAUUAGCUCUUGACGAUUACCGAUAAGAACGCAAUCACAAUCAAGGUUUCCAAAAAAAAUUCACACGUCCAAAUCAGUGGGCUGACCUCGGCUAGAUUCACAGAGGUCCAGGGACGACGUUCACACUUCAGUACGUAUACAGCAAGUGGUAGCUGGUAGCAGGUAGUACGUUUACUAUACGCAUCCCGGACCGGCAAACGCCAAGCCAAACGUGUUGAACGCGGGAUAUAAAACGAUACAACAUAGGCACAACAUUCUAACGAAGGAAUGUGUUGUAUAUAAAGAUUUUAUUUAGUUUUCGUACAAUUAUUAAUCAUGGAUGCCGAUCUUUACGACGAGUUUGGUAAUUAUAUCGGACCGGAUUUAGCAUCUGAGAGCGAGGACGAAAAUGAGUAUGGUAAUGUCGGUGAUGAAGCUGAAGAUCGCGAGCGGUCGGAUGAGGAAAUGGAAGAAGAUAGGGAUGAACUUCGAGAUCAGGCCGAACAGUCUUCUAUGGCUGUUGUACUGCACGAGGAUAAGCGUUAUUAUCCAAGCGCUCUUGAAGUUUAUGGACCUGACGUAGAGACGCUCGUUCAAGAGGAAGAUGCUCAGCCAUUGGAUAAGCCUCUCAUAGCACCAGUUCGGAAACCAAAAUUUCAAAUAAAACAGCAACAAUUGCCAGGCACAACGUACAAUAUAGAAUUCUUGGCUGAUAUGAUGGAUGCUCCUCAUUUGAUUCGUAAUGUAGUUCUUUUGGGUCAUCUACAUCAUGGAAAAACGACACUCGUUGACUGUCUUGUACGACAGACUCAUCCGAAUAUACACAGCGUGACGGAUGAGAAACCUCUUCGAUAUACGGAUACUCUGUUUACAGAGCAGCAGAGAGGAGUUUCGACAAAAGCGACUCCAGUAACAUUACUUUUGCAAGAUGUCAAGUCGAAAUCUUAUCUUUUGAAUAUUUUUGACACUCCGGGACAUGUGAAUUUUUCGGAUGAAGCCACCGCGGCCAUUCGAGUUUCGGAUGGUGCAAUUAUUGUGGUUGACGCUGCAGAAGGUGUAAUGUUGAACACAGAACGUCUUCUUAAACAUGCUUUGCAAGAAAAACUUGCUUUGACCGUUUGUAUAAACAAAAUUGACCGCCUGGUGCUGGAACUGAAAUUACCACCGCUCGAUGCAUAUUACAAAUUACGACAUAUCGUUGACGAAAUAAAUGGCCUUAUCGCCAUGUAUUCUGAUUCGGAAAAUCCAACUUUCCUUUCACCUACCACUGGAAACGUUUGCUUCGCGAGUUCCGAGUACAACGUUUGCUUCACCUUAAAAUCUUUCGCUGCCCUGUACGCACGAAAUCACCCAUCUUUGAAUGCUGCAGAAUUCGCCAAACGCUUAUGGGGUGAUAUUUAUUUCAACUCCAAGACUCGAAAAUUUAUUAAAAAACCACCCCACAACACGGCUCAAAGGAGUUUCAUUGAAUUUAUUCUUGAACCCCUCUACAAGAUUUUUGCACAAGUCGUUGGAGAUGUCGACUCAACAUUACCGGACGUGCUCGACGAACUGGGUAUAAGACUAUCAUCCGAAGAAAUGAAGAUGAACAUAAGACCGUUGUUACGGUUGGUGUGCACACGUUUUUUAGGAGACAUGUGCGGUUUAGUGGACAUGUGCGUAUGUCAUGUUCCAAGUCCUCAUGCACACGCGGCAACGAAGGUUCAACACGUUUAUACGGGAAAUAUGGAUUCCCCGAUAGUACAGGAUAUGAUAAAUUGUGAUCCGGAAGGACGAUUAAUGAUACACAGUACAAAAAUGUAUCCAACGGAGGAUUGCACGUUGUUCGUUGUGCUUGGGCGCAUCAUGUCGGGUACUUUGGAAGCUGGACAACGUGUGCGAGUUUUGGGGGAGGCGUAUUCACGAGCUGACGAGGAAGACUCAAGAAUUCUAACGGUUGGAAGAUUGUGGAUCAGUGAGGCUCGUUAUUCAAUAGAGUUGAAUCGUAUCCCAGCCGGGAAUUGGGUUCUCAUCGAGGGAAUCGAUCGGCCGAUUGUGAAAACGAGUACCAUUACCGAUCUCAGUAAUUCUGAUGAUCUUCAUAUUUUCCGGCCACUCAAAUUCAACACUCAGAGCGUCAUAAAAAUCGCAGUUGAACCUGUAAACCCAUCAGAAUUGCCAAAAAUGCUCGAUGGUUUACGAAAAGUUAACAAAAGCUAUCCUCUCCUUGGCACGCGAGUCGAAGAGAGUGGCGAGCACGUUGUUCUUGGUACUGGUGAAUUGUACCUCGAUUGCGCGAUGCAUGAUUUGCGACGGAUGUAUUCUGAAAUCGAUAUCAAAGUCGCUGAUCCUGUCGUCGCUUUUGCCGAGACUGUCGUUGAAACGAGCUCACUCAAAUGUUUUGCCGAAACUCCUAAUAAACGUAACAAGCUUACAAUGAUUGCAGAACCUCUUGAACGAGGUUUGGCCGAAGAUAUCGAAGCUGAACACGUCCGGAUAACAUGGAAUAAAAAGCGAUUGGGUGAAUUUUUUCAAACAAAGUACGACUGGGAUCUUUUAGCUGCUCGAAGUAUCUGGGCUUUUGGACCUGAUUCGACAGGACCUAAUAUUUUGGUCGAUGAUACUCUUCCAUCCGAGGUCGAUAAAUCUCUUUUGAGUAGCGCCAGAGAUGCCAUUACUCAAGGAUUUCAGUGGGGCACUCGUGAAGGUCCACUCUGCGAAGAACCUAUUCGUAACGUCAAAUUCAAAAUUUUGGAUGCCAUUAUUGCCCAGGAACCACUUCAUCGUGGCGGAGGUCAAAUAAUUCCCACUGCAAGACGUGUUGCGUAUUCAGCGUUUCUGAUGGCAACACCCAGGUUAAUGGAACCAUACUUGUUCGUUGAAGUUCAAGCUCCAGCUGACUGCGUGUCCGCUGUCUAUACAGUCCUCGCUAAACGACGAGGUCACGUGACCCAGGAUGCUCCUGUGCCUGGAAGUCCUCUUUAUACGAUCAAAGCGUUCAUUCCAGCUAUUGACAGUUUCGGUUUUGAGACCGAUCUUCGGACGCACACACAAGGUCAAGCAUUUUGUCUCUCGGUAUUUCAUCACUGGCAAAUUGUACCCGGUGAUCCAUUGGACAAAAGUAUCACUAUACGACCUCUCGAGCCUCAACCAGCGACACACCUCGCACGAGAAUUCAUGCUCAAAACACGAAGACGCAAAGGACUCUCCGAAGAUGUGUCGAUAAAUAAAUUCUUCGACGAUCCCAUGUUGCUCGAACUGGCUAGACAAGAUGUACUCUUAAAUUAUCCUCUUUGAUAAAAUAUAUCUAUUUCCUACGGAGCGAUUUCGCACCAAAA